AUGGAAGUCAUCGGUGCCGUGGCAAGUAUUGGAGGUGUCAUUCAACUGGUCCUGCAUGGUGUCAAGUUUGUCGAGUUCUUAAAAAUAUUUGCCGAAAACUGUGGCACAGAGGCGGCGGCCGAUUUUGUUCACGGCCUUGUCGCUUACGCUCAGUUACUACAUGACGUCCAAGCUCUGUGCGACUGUAUCCAGCAGCACAGAAAUCCCUGCGUUAGCCAGAUCAGAAUCGCGACGCUGCGCCUAUGCCUCGAAGACUGUGUUCAGGACCUGGAAACCUGGCAUGCUAUCGUGAAGCGGCUCGAAAGAACUGAUCGAAGGGCAAGUAAGGCAUUGGCGAAAUUCACAGAAGCUAGAAGUCCCCAGAAGAGGUUCCAACUAUUUCUGCGUGAGGCUUUGGGCUCUGCCAUGGCAGCCAAGAAUGCCCAUGUGCGCACGGUCAUACAAGCACGCUUUGAAAAACAUAAAGCCAGCGUUGGAGUGGCGUUGUCGAUCCUUGAGGCAAACUUACAGCUUGUACAAGUUGACGAUAACGACCGGACAAAAGCCGGCAUAGACAAGCUUGCUGGCCUCGUAGAAGCACAAGCAAGGAACCAUGACCAGAAUUAUUCGGAUGUACGCAGCUCCAACAGCUCCAUUAUUGCAUGGUCCAAAUCUCAACACGAAAGACUACAAGAACUUCGGUCCAUGCAAAGUUCUCUCUCAGAGAAGAUGGACAAUUUACUACAAGCCUUAUCCACCCAUAGCUCUCAGCACUCUUCAAGAUCAUCGGACAGUGUGGCCGGCCCAGCAGGCGCAUUACAGCACAUUGACAACAAGAAGCUGGGUGAAAACCCUUCUCCGCCAGGAUCGAAGGAGAUGACGGAUUGCUUAAGCCGUGCUCGAUCGAAUCUCGUCCUUGAAACUGAUAAGCUGGACUCGAGGUCUGAAACGGAUGAGUCUGGAGAAGACACAAACCCAAGAUCUAUAAUUGAGCUUCUCGAAGACUUCAAUCUGCUGGCAGGCCAGUACUUUGAUGGAAUCAUCGCAGAGUACAUAUUCGCAGCCGAGCAAUGGCGAUUUGCGUCUAUGCGGCAAAGGUUUAUUGGCAUUAUUGAACGAAGGGAAGACGCCAAUCGCAUGCUGAUGAAUGUGAAUCUGAAGGUAAAUUUGCUGGCACUUGCCACCACCCUUCUAUCACUACGUCGCAGAGCGGAAGCAGAAUGCUUGCAGUUGAGUCUAGAGGAGGCAGAUGGACUCUUAGGCAUCACACUUCAACAAAUCCGUCACUGGGAGCUGGUUGUGGAGCAGAACCGUGCAAAUUCUGCAGUCGAGCGGUUGAUACUACCGGAUAAUGCGCGAAGCACAAAAUCCGAGUCACUCACACGCCUGAAUGAAUGGCUUUUCGAGGUGAUGACCUCGAUACCAUACCUCGCAGACUGGCAUCGGUGGAUGACCUCUAGCCAGAUUCCACAGCAGAAAGAACCAGAGAAAGAACCAACUAUACUCAAGAAAGAACCACCCCUACUCAAGAAAGACGACUGGGAACGACUCACGAUCAAGACCUGGCUUCUUGAUGGUACUAACUGGGAUAUCCCUGACGACUACGCAGCCUCCUCGUUCACUAACAGCCGGGAAUCUGAUUUGACUGUUCUAGUUUCUGGCUCUAGCAAUGACCAUGAUAUAGGUGAGGCCGAUCUUGACAGGUUUGGAGAUGAUAUUGGUCUCUUCAAGCAGCCGGUAGCCAACAUUUAUCUACUACGAGGCCUCAAAAAGAUUGAGGAUGUGAACGAACUCACUCUACCAUCUCCCGGCGCGGGAAGUGAGGUAAUUGAGCGCGCAGAAAAAGCGCUUAGGAAGUAUGCUGAGGAGCCGUCGUCGAGAUGGCCCAGGGAUGAGCUCUACGAUCAAAAUAUGCCGACUCAGGGUUCUGGCUAA